AUGGCACCAUACGAGGCUCUAUAUUGCAAAAAAAGCCAGUCACUAAUUUAUUGGGCUGAGGUUGGAGAUAGACCGCUAUUGGGACCUAAACUUGUGCAAAAAACCACUGAGAAAGUGAAAUUGAUUCAACAACGGUUGAAAAUAGCACAAAGUCGACAGAAAAGCUAUGCUGAUAUACGUAGACGAGAAAGAGAAGAUGAGAUAGGAAACCGCAUUUUUAUCAAAGUUACGCCAAUGAAAGGACACACUUGUUUUGGAGCCAAGGGUAAGUUAGCACCUCGAUGCAUCGGACCGUAUGAAAUCAUUGAGAAACUUAAUCCAGUGGCGCAUCGGGUAGUUCUACCUUUGGAUAUAGGGCACAUGCAUAAUGUUUUCCAUGUUUCCAUGUUAAGAGAAUCCUUUCUAGAUCCUCAGCAGGUUAUUGAACCUACUCAGAUAAUUGUGAGUGAUGACUAUAUGUAUGAGGAACGACCCAUUCGGAUUGUUAGCCGUCAUAUCAAGAAAUUGAGGAAUAAGGAAAUCUCGUUGGUAAAGGUAGACUGGCAAAACCAUAGUGGCUUGUAUGUAACUUGGGAAAGAGAAGCGGAUAUGCAAGGGAAAUACCCUGAACAUUUUCCAUUAGAUCCUACACCUUUUACAGAAGAAGAUUAUGCUAGAAGGACUGUGAAUAUAGAUAUUCUCGAUAUGCCAUGGCUUAUCCACACUUCUAGCAAUGGAGGAAAGUUGGAGAUACCUGGACUUCCACCUCGAUGGGUAGUGGAAUUUCACAUUGACUUAGUGCCGGGAAUUGCACCGAUUUCUAAGGCGGCAUAUAGAAUGGCGCCUAAAGAGCUUAUGGAGAUGAAGAAGCAGCUAGAAGAGAUGCUUCAGAAAAGGUUCAUACGUUCAAGUAACUCCCCGUGA